AUGAGCUUGGAUGCACCUGAGGGACAAAGUGGGACCGGGGGCUUAGUGGGGACAGGGGAGAGUGCGGGCAAAGGAGGAGAAAAUCUCUAUAAGCCUGUGCACCUGGGGCUGGUGGCCUGCAGGUGUCUCCGCCACCCAGCCCUGGCCCGCAUCAUUGACCUGGUGCCCUGGGAGGAUGGCUCCACCCACGUGUACACGUCCCCGGCCAUCCUACUGCCCAUGCCCCGGAGGCGCAACCAGCUGGCCGGCGUGAAGCAGCAGCUCUACCACCCAGCCCUGCCCAGUCUGCGCUCCAUGGACAUGGACUCUGUCAAGGCCUGCCUUUCCGACGAGCACUGCCAGUCCACCACCUACUGCCACAAAGAUGACUUUGAUAAUGCCUACUUCACACUUCUCGGUGUUCCCAACAAACCCCUGCAGUGCUUGGACAUCACGGAGACCGGCCAGAGGCUCCGAAACAGGUACCACGAGGGAAAGCUGGCUCCCAUCGCACCGGGCAUCAACAGGGUCGACUGGCCCUGCUUCACGCGCGCCAUCGAGGACUGGUCCCGAUUCGUGUCCUCCGCGGGAGAGUUCAAGCUGCCCUGCGCGAGCAAGAAGGUUGAGAGCUUCAGCGGCUAUGCGGUGCGGUACUUGAAGCCGGAGGUGACCCAGAACUGGCGGUUCUGUCUUAACCAGAAUCCCAGCCUGGACCGCUAUGGACAGAAGCCCCUGCCUUUCGACUCCUUGAAUGCUUUCCGACGUUUCGGCUCCAACUACAGUCGUGCCAACUAUCUGACCCCCUGGCGUUAA